AUGCCUCAAGCAAAUCGGUACAAUUUUGAUGCAUCACGAGAUUUUCUAUACGAUGACCCUCGAGAUCCUCAAAUAGAGUCAACGCGCCACCCCAACUGUGAAAGCUCACCAAAGCUUGCUGUGCAAGCUUGUUACAUGAGCAUUACCUCACAGGCUUUGUCGUAUGAAAAAAGUGGAGCCCCGCUCCGUGUGGAACGUAUGGUGGUUUAUUAG